AUGGCUCAUAACGAACAUAUCAAGGGCCCCGGAUUACUUUACGUCACUUCUAAAAUUUCAAGGACAGACAUUAUGGACUAUGAUACGUAUAUGAAAUGGUAUGACGAGGAUCAUAUUGCCGAGAUUAUCGAAACCAGUGGUAUCAAAAGCGCAUAUCGAUACAUCGACAUCGACAAGAAUGCAUCGAAACCAUACCUCGCAUUCUAUCCAAUGGAGGAGCUCGGCUUUACUCUCGGAGCCGAGUUCAGAAACAUUCGAGUCAAAAGUGACUUGCUUCCUGGCACAGGCAUAUGCUAUGACCUCGCAGAUAUUGACGUGAGAUAUGUUGGAUUGCUUGGACAACGUGGAACAAGAAGCGGGGUUGCAAAAUACCUCCUUAGCACUGCGAUGGAGCCAAGUCAAAAUAUUGCGGAUGCAGCAGCUGAGAAAUGGCUUGACAACACUCAGGUGUUGGCGUCCAAGAUUCCCGGAUAUUGUCGGACCACAUAUUAUCGUUUGCUAUAUGCCAGGACGAAUGCUCAAUCACGAGCACUGAAAGGUCUGCCAACCAUUGAUGAGCCCACCCCCGAACCACCAACAUGGCAAGCCAUUCAUGAGUUCAGCGAACCAAUAGAUGCUUCUGUUUUUGAUAACAUCAAAAAUGAAGAGGAGUCCAGGGCUAUUCUGGCAGAUGCCAAGCAGGUAGAGCUGAGGAUAUUUGAACUUAGGAAAGCACAUGGAGCUAAAAAGUUCUUUGACUGA